AAACAAACGCUUAAUCAAUAAAAACAUAAAUGUAAUGCGCAAGGAGCAUCAGUAGUAGGAACAGGAACACAAAUAAUAUUCCUAAAGGAAGACAACAAAACGCCUAGUCAUUUUUGUAGAGCUCAGAAAGCAAUUUGCAGUAUAAUCGUGAGAAAGGGAUACGAAGUUAUUUCGAAGGUGUGCGAAUAUUGAGUAUUUUCUGCUUAAAAGGAACAAAACAGGAACAUUUGAUCUGGGUUCAAGGAUCAAGGAUCAAAUCAGCCUUCAGGGAAAAACAGGUUGAAAAACCUUAAGAAGCAAACAAAAAACCCGCAGAAAUAAAGGUGGAUCUGCAAAAUAUUAGCUGAAAUUGAGAAACUCAAAAAUUUCAGGUCAAUAUCCAGCAGCACCCGAAAGAAAAAAGAACGAGAGAGCUCCGGAAGAAUCGGAGGCUUAAACAAAAUGUAUAAAACCAUUAGACACGGGGAAAAUAGUCUGCAGUACACGAUUUUGCCGCAGAACGACGACUUCCGCAUCGAGGGUAAGCUUUCGGGCUCAGGACGGUCGACCUCUACCGGCGGAGGGGGCUCCUCCGGAUCUUCUGGCUCUUCAACCUCUUCUUCAGGACCAGUCAAGCCCAAAGCCCAGCGACGACGGCGAUCCUUCUUUGCCUAUUUGGGCUUAAUUUUUGUGUGCACCGUUAUCAUUGGAGCCGUGCUCAUACCCUUUCUGGUUUCUGCCGAGUGUCUACCAAAUCCCACAGAAUGGUUUUUGAAAACUAGGGGGGCGUUGAUUCACACCUCACAAAGAGAGGCAUCGGGCGGGAGUGGAGAGGCUGCCGCGAAUUCCAUACCACCCACAGGAUCUCCCCUGCUGCAGAAGAAUGUGGGAAGAAAUGUGCAGAUUGUUAAUCGGAAUGGCAUUGAACAGUUCAUAAUCCGUCUGAAUAAAACCAAAUCAACCGGUAGUACCCCUGGUAGCUCCACCACUAUGCCAAUCACCACCAGCAGGACCAGUACCAGCAGCAGCACAACCACCACUAUCACUACUACCACGACCACCACCCAAGCUCCUAUUACAAAAAGCACUGCUGCAACCAGGGAACACCCAAUAACCACAACGCGUUAUUUGCCGCCUGCCACCACAAUCACCACCCGAAUUAUUCAGGUUCCCCUUCUUAAAUCCGCAGCCAAGAAACCUAUAAUGCCACCUGUUUUGGCCAAAGCCCAGGAACCUCAGACCGGGGCUGGCCGAAGUUCCAGGAAGCAAAUACAAUCAGGCAUGGAGGAAAGCAUUCCGGUCUCGGGAAUCGGCCUGGGCAACGAAAAGAGCAACAGCGCCUGGAUAAAGACGCACUGGGCCUUCAUUGAUCCCUCAACCUACUUCCAAUGGACCGGCUACAAGGACGAGGAUAGUGUUCUGCUGCCCGCUCUUUUGGGUUUCGCCCUAAUCGGAGUGAUUCUGAUAAUAACGGUUUGCCUGGUGGCACGCAACAAACGCACAAUUGUGUCCUCCGUUCGCAAGCGGAAUCGAAAUGAUAUUGAGGAACAGGGCACCGAGGAUAACGCCACCCUGCUGACUGCCACCAAUAUGUCGGACGAAGAUUAAUUUGAGCCCGUCUAGAUGAUUCCUAGAUUAUUCCCGAUUAUCCUUCCAAUGAAGCUUUUGUUUAUUUGGUUGCCUAAUAGGUCCAAAAUCGCUGGGAUGUCGCUCACUUCUGUAUUUGAGACAUGUGUAUUUACCUAAGUUAAUGCUUAAAAUGCCCCACACUCAAUAGUUGUCUAACAAGCCAAGCUAAUAUACCAAAUCCUAAAAAUCUUUCUCGGUUAUAUUUUUCCGUCCCUUUCUACAUAAAAAGCGACCGGAAAAGAAACGAAAAAUUAUUUAUAAUAUAGAAGAAGACUGUUUCUGAAACAACAAGAUCGCAAGCAAGCUAUCCCUGUCUGCUUUGAUAACUUGUUUUUCGAAAGUAUCUUUUCCCCUUCCCAAAAAUAAUGUGUGCACUUGUGUGUGUUUUUGAGAAUGUGUCUGUCAGAGCCUGAUUCCUCGAUCUAUUACGAUACGUUAUUCGUUAAUUAAAACUGCUAAAUUAUAAUUACAAACUUCAAAUUUCCAUUUAUCACAAAGUAAUUAGACUACUAACAGUUACAGUGCGUUUUCAAGCUGGAAGGAAAGAACAUUAAUGCAAAAUAUUAAACCUUUAUUAAUAGGGGAAGCUCUUAACAUAAUUGUCUUCAGAAAAUGAGUUUGUACAAUUUGCAGUCCACCUUUAAACAAUAUUGCUGCUCUGGGCCGCGCUGUAUUUAAUUAAAUUAUAAAUUUGUAAGAUAUAUAUAAUAAAAGCAUUACCAUCUAUUAUCUAAAUUUUGUGUGAACCUAAUCACACUCAAAUCAAAUGAAAACGUCCAGAAUAAGAAUAUUUUUUCGUAGAAAGUGAUUUUCCCUGCCAAGUGGUCUGUUUUUGAUUUGAAGCACAAAAAUGUUGAAUGAAUUUAGUCUGACAAGGAUCUGCUUACAAAUUCUUGUAACAGUCCUGCACAGCUAGUAACCAUAAAACACCCACAAAGCUUGCAGUAUAAAUUCAGAUUGGGCAGGUAAACCAGAAGGGAAAUAGAGUUUGAAGCGAGGGACUAUUGUAUGUCUACGUAAACUGUGUAUAACUUUGAAGCAUUGACAAGUAUUUGAGAUGAUCUGUAUUUUUGUAAGCGUAAUAUUUAAAGUGGCAACCAAUAACAAAAAAUAACACAACUCCAAAGAAGCAACUAUAUAGCAUAAGAUAUCGGGCGAGGCACUCGCAACGCAAAAUUGAUUUGCUCAACAUAUAUACAAACAUAAUAUAUACAUACAUAUAUAAAUAUAUAUAUUGUACAAAAAAUAUGUCGCGCAAAGUAUAAGGCUUGCAUUUAUAUUUACGAGCGGGAUAUAUCCUCCUUAUGUAUAUGUUAUCACUAAUUUGCAAAAGCUAAACUAAAUCCAUAUUUGUGGUACAAAACAUAUAUCCGAUCGGAGAUGACAAACCCACACACUAUAUUGAAUGUUUUUGCUUGUUAAAGUGCAUAAUAAAGAAAAAAUGUAAAAACACUUUAAAA